CACCAAUUCCCUCAAAUCAUACCUUGAAUUCAUCUUCUUUAAUCAAUUCUUACAUUGUUUUCUUUUCUAAGAUCUGUUUGAGUUUGCCUUCUUCACAUAAUGUUUCUUGAGGCAAUCUCAGCUGUUUCUGGUUCGGGUUUACGGACCUUGUCGAAUUCGACUGUCUUUUUGAGCCCUUCGUCUUCUAGUUUGAGUUCUUCGUCUUUAUCGAAUCUUGUUUUGCCAAAAAAAGGCGAAAAUGGGUUCGCAGUUUAUGCUGAAAAGGGUAGUUUGCAACUCACAGGUGUGGUGUUUCAGCCAUUUGAAGAGGUUAAGAAAGAUGAUUUUAUGGUCCCAAUAGCUCCUCAGCUUUCACUUUCUCGGCAGAGAUUCUCCGAAGAGUGUGAGGCUGCAAUUAAUGAGCAAAUCAACGUGGAGUAUAACGUGUCAUAUGUGUAUCACUCCAUGUACGCGUACUUUGACAGGGACAACGUUGCUCUAAAGGGCCUUGCCAAAUUCUUUAAGGAGUCGAGCGAAGAAGAAAGAGAGCACGCAGAGAAACUAAUGCAAUACCAGAACAUACGAGGAGGAAGGGUGAAAUUACAUACGAUGCUAAUGCCCCCGGAGGAGUUUGAUCAUGUUGAGAAGGGUGAUGCUCAAUAUGCCAUGGAACUUGCUCUGUCCUUGGAGAAGUUAACUAAUGAGAAACUUCUGAACCUGCACAGUGUUGCUGAUCGAAACAAUGAUCCCCAGAUGGCAGAUUUCGUAGAGAGCGAAUUUUUGGAAGAGCAGGUUGAAGCCAUUAAGAAAGUAGCAGAAUAUGUUACUCAAUUAAGGAUGGUUGGGAAAGGACACGGAGUGUGGCACUUCGACCAAAAGCUCCUCCACAAUGGCCAUGGUGCAGUAUGAAGAUGCCUCGUAUUGUUUGUUCUUGAUUUUAGUCAGCUUUUGUCUCUCUCGUAUCAGUCCUCAGUUGUAAUAAGUUGUUAGUUUAUGGAAUUGUUAUUUUCUAAACGAAGUUGUAGGUUGGAAACAUGUCUGAGAAAUUGAAAAUCUUGUACUUGAAUAAUGUUUGAUCAAAUCUUUGUUUGAAGUUAAUGCUCUAUGUACUAA